AUGUCUUUUCGUCCGCUCGUCGCAGUUGGCAGAGUCCUGCGUGCGCAGCAUCUCUCAACACUCCCAAGGUGUGCUCGUAGACAAAGAUCAUAUGCUACACAUGCCUUGGCGCUAGCGAACGCGGCCGUCAAACCCUCCAAAUUCGGGCAGCCACUACAUCCGUCUCAUCCACAUCUCCUGAAGGAGGGGGAAAUUACUCCCGGGAUUACCGCGGUAGAAUAUGAGCACAGAAGGCGCUCUCUCAUGGAAAGUCUCCCGGACGGCAGUCUGGUCCUCUCGUUUGCGGGAGACGUCAAGUAUAUGAGUGGUCGUGCCUACAAGUACCGUCAGGCAUCCGACUUUUGGUAUCUCACCGGAUUUGAGGAGCCAGAGGCUGUUUUGGUCCUUCAAAAGAAGCCUUCCAACGAGCGUGGGUACCGGGCUAUCCUUUUCCACCGGUUACCCGACCCAGCGCAAGCAAUAUGGGAUGGUGCGCGCACGUCUUCGGGGGACAUCGUGAACAUGUUCGGUCUGGACGAAGCGAAAGAUGUCCAACAGCUACCAGGCGUGCUCACAAAGCUCUUGAGUGACGCGGAGCAUGUAUAUGUAGAUAUGCCGGCUCGAAAUAACCGUCACCGCACGCAAGGUCUCCGCUCACUAUUCAAGUACAUGGGAAGUGCCUUCACCUCGCAGAAAGGCUCAAUGCAGGAUUCCGUCUUGGACUCGCUCGGUGCUCUCAAACCCCGUCCACUCGCUCCAGAGGUCGGACGUCUGCGUUCAAUCAAGAGCACGGCAGAACAGCAGGUUAUGCGUGCCGCCGCAGAUGUUAGCGCGCGUGCGCAUUACCGCACGAUGCGCUUCGUGGAGCCCGGUAUGUCCGAGCACGACGUCGCUGCAUAUUUUGAGUAUGUAUGCGCUCGCAUGGGCGCCCAGCGCCCUGCGUAUGUCCCUGUUGUCGCUUCUGGUCCGAACGCGUUGGCGAUCCAUUACACUGCAAAUAACCAGCUCAUUAGAGAGAAUGAGAUGAUCCUUAUGGAUGCAGCAUGUGAAUACAAUGGCUACGCAUCAGAUAUCACUCGCACAUUCCCGGUCUCAGGCAAGUUCACACCGGCACAGCGCGAGCUCUAUGGUGCCGUCCUGCAUGCGCAAAAGCACCUCAUCACGCUCUGUACUGUGCACUCGGGGUUCUCGAUCUCGCAGAUCCACCAGAAAAGCGUCGAGUUUCUUCGCAUCGAGCUUGCCGCCAUCGGCUUUACAGACUUUGCGCAGUGGGAUGGUGCGGUGGGGUCGAAGGUCCAGAAACAGAUGGGGGAGUGUUACCCGCAUUUUGUCGGGCAUCCAGUCGGCAUUGAUCUGCACGAGUCCAGCCACUUCGAUAGGCAUCAGCCACUCAAGCCGGGUAUGGUGAUUACCAUCGAGCCAGGCCUUUAUAUUCCGCCCACACCAUACUUCCCCACGAGAUUCCAUAACUUAGGCGUCCGCAUAGAGGACCAGGUGCUCGUCGGCGAGCAUGAACCUGUCGUGCUCACAGUGAAUGCGCCGAAGGAGAUUGACGAUGUCGAGGCAGCCUGUCAGAGGCUCUUACCGCUGCAGGACGAAUUUCGCACUGAUGUCUGA